AUGCCGUUCGGGAGUGGUAGAAGAGUAUGCCCUGGGAUAAGUAUGGGUCUUCAGACGACGCUUUUAACUUUAGCUAGUUUUCUUCAUUCGUUUGAUGUCACGACCCGAGGAAACGCAGCGGUUGAUAUGAGUGCAAGCGCUGGACUUACGAACAGGAAACUCACCCCUCUUGAUGUCCUCAUCAAACCACGCUUGUCUCCACAUCUUUAUGAAUAA